UUCAGGUCAGUGGGGGGUACCAACGGUGAGUCUUGGAGGAGUUCUUGGUAUGAUGUCUGGCGUUUUGGUGUCAAUGAUUGAAUCCAUUGGAGAUUACUACGCAUGCGCACGCAUAUCUGGAGCCCCGCCACCUCCAGCCCACGCCAUCAACAGGGGAAUUGGUGUAGAAGGGAUCGGCUGUCUGUUGGCCGGUGCCAUCGGAGGGAGCAGCGGCGUCACAUCUUACAGUGAAAAUAUUGGGACAAUUGGCAUCACAAAGAUCGCCAGCCGAAUUGUCAUCCUCACGAGCGGAAUCAUAAUGAUGGUUUUGGGAUGUUUUGGAAAGUUUGGCAUUUUAUUGGUCACAAUGCCAGACCCAAUUGUUGGAGGAAUGUUCCUUAUGAUGUUUGGAAUGGUAGCUGCUGUCGGUCUUUCCAAUUUACAACACAUUAAUUUAGAAUCUUCCCGGAAUUUGAUGAUUCUUGGAGUCUCCUUGUUUGUUGGAUUAUCUCUGCCCUUAUGGAUUCAGGCAAAUCAAGCUGACAUUAAUACAGGAAAUGCUGAACUGGACCAAGUUCUUGGAGUUCUACUGGGUUCCAAUAUGUUUGUCGGAGGUUUUAUUGGGUUUGUUUUAGACAACACAAUCCCAGGAACACCUGAAGAACGUGGAAUUAUCAAAUGGGACAAUAUUGUUGACAGCAAAGCUGAAAACACUUCCGAAUCCUUUGAUACGUACUCAUUCCCACGACCAAUACAGAAACUGGUUGACAGGUGGAAUUGGCCUGUUUACGUACCAUUUUGUCCAGCUUAUAAUUCCUACAUUUCCAGGCUCGUCAAACGUAUGGCUGCCUGCUGUUCGUGCCGCAAAAAACCAACUGAACCUGUGCCAAAACAAUCCAUUGAAACUACGCUGUAACCAUGAUUUCUAAUAAUUUUGUUCACAUAAUAUAUAUAUAUUCGUGUGUAUGUGCAUGUGUGUGUAUCUGUGUGUGUGUGUGUUAUAUAUAUAUA